AUGGAACGCAGGCAACAAAUACAGGUAUUAGCUGCCUUGAUACGAAUACGAAGAAAACAUUUUCAUCGCACCUCACUCUUAAUUAAGGCCUUUAAUCAUAAGUUUCGCUUAGACUUGGAAUUAAAUUCGCAACUUUUAUCACCAAAUAUACAACAAAAACAUUACCACGUGGGUGGUUAUCUAGUGGAUGGUAAUCGACAUGACAUUGAGCAUUGCUAUUACCAUGGUACUGUUAAGGACUACCCUGGUGCUAGCGCCGCCUUCCAUACGUGCAAUGGUGUCAGCGGCGUGAUACACAUCGGCAACGAAACGUUCGUUAUACAUCCCUUCUAUGGAGGCGAUCUUUCGAAGCAUCCGCAUGUGAUAUUUGAGGCACGCACUAAAGCCAAUAAAGGAUGCGCCAAUUCGGGAAAUUUGGAUUCGUGGCGUCUGUCACGCCGCACGAAACAUCUAUCGGCCGGUGUCAUCGAUGAAAUUCAUCCGAAUGGUGCGGGCCGUUACAAGCGCGAUGUACGCGAGGCGACUAAAUACAUCGAAACGGCCAUUAUUGUGGACAAAGCGAUGUUCGAGAAGCGUAAUGGCAGCACACGCGCCGAAGUCAUACACGACGCCAUACAGGUGGCGAAUAUCGCCGACUUGUACUUUCGCACGCUGAAUACCCGCGUGUCGGUGGUGUACAUUGAAACGUGGGGCAAGAAUCAGGCCGUCAUCGAUGGCAGCAAAGACAUCAGCAAAGCCAUAUCGAAUUUCAACGAUUACACAUCGCGGAAUCUCUUCCAGAUCGAACGCGACACAACGCAGUUGCUAACUGGCGAGACAUUCGCGGGCGGCGAAGCGGGCAUGGCUGUGCCGGAGACGGUGUGUACGCCGCGCGCGGUUGGCAUCAGUGUCGACAUCAACGUGUAUGAGCCACAUCUGCUGGCCGGCACAAUGGCGCACAUGAUUGGCCAUAAUAUAGGCAUGGGGCACGAUGACGGUCGCGAGGAGUGCUUCUGCCGAGACUGGCAUGGCUGUAUAAUGGCCCAAUCGAUUGUUGGCCAGGAAAAUGUGCAGCCAUACAAAUUCUCCGAGUGCAGCAAAAAGGAUUAUAUCGAUGCGCUGCGCACCGGACAUGGGUUGUGUUUACUCAAUAAGCCAAAUGAGAUCGAAAUGCGCCGCAAUUGUGGCAAUAAGAUCGUCGAAGAGGACGAAGAAUGUGACUGUGGCACUUUCGAGGAGUGUGCCUUGGAUUCGUGCUGCGAUGGCAUCACUUGCAAACUGAAAUCAGAGGCGCAGUGUGCCAGCGGUGCCUGCUGUGAUCAGUGUCGACUACGUCCGAAGGACUACAUCUGCCGUGAUUCGCACAACGAAUGCGAUCUGCCAGAAUAUUGUGAUGGUGAAAUUGGUCACUGCCCAGCAGAUGUCUUUAAAAAGAACGGUUCGCCGUGCGGACAUACCAAAGCGGGAGUGUCAGGUUAUUGCUUUCAAGGUGACUGUCCCACCUUGAAUUUGCAAUGCGAAGCGAUUUGGGGCUAUGGUGGCUCGGCAGCCGAUCGUCAAUGUUAUGAGCAAUUCAACUCAAAGGGUUCCAUCAACGGGCAUUGUGGGCGUGAUUCCAAUGAACAUUAUAUCAAAUGCGAGCCAGAAAAUGUACAGUGUGGCACACUUCAGUGCAAAGAAGGCGAACGUCAACCAGUUAGUGAUGGCAUUGAUCAGCUUUAUUCGAAUACUAUUAUAUCGAUCAAAGGAUUGGAGUAUGAAUGCAAAGCCACCAGCGGUCAAGUGGGCUCCAAUGAGUAUCCGGAACAUGGCUUGGUUAAGGAUGGUACGCCAUGCGGUAAAGAUUUGAUUUGCCUGAAUCAGACUUGCGUCAGCAUUUUUCCACACAUCGAUCAAACAAAAUGUCCGACAGAUAAACAAGGCCAAGAGUGUUCAGAACGUGGAGUAUGUACGAAUACGAAUCGUUGCUUUUGCGAUAUGGGUUGGGGCGGCGUCGAUUGUAGCCUUGUAGUUUUAUUGACCACACCACUGCCAACGGAAGCGCUGCCAACUGCGGAGAAUACUAUCAAAAUGGAGAAGAAGGAAACGCCAUAUGAGAACUACCACGGCUCAAAUACAGUAUUCCUGGUCGGUGUACUAAUGUCAGUUGUUGGGUUCGUUUUUGUUACUUUCACCUUGAUGGCACUGUGCUACAGACGCAAAACCACUACACUCAAGUACGAUCCGCCAUAUUCGAAAAAGCCCAUCGCCAAGGGCUAUGCCAGCGCCGCAGCCACUGCCGCUAAUCAUCACUCGGUUGAGGAGGUUUCACUGGAUGGUUCCAGCAAGUUGGUGUAUGCCAAUCAGGCAGGCUUCAGGGAUAAAAGCAUACAUGGCCGCCGUUAUACUGGCGGCGGUGACGAUGAUCAAGCCCAUUCUGAGAAGGGCAUACUGAAGAAGCACAGCUAUGGGCUUGUGCAUAGUGAACAGUUGAAGGACAAAUGGGGUGACGAUGUACAGUCCGACAAUCUCGAGCUUAUUACACAACAGGACGGUGCACUCGGCGCCUCCACCAGCGGUGGUGCAGCGGUCUCCGAAGUAGAGCGCACACUCAAGUCCCUCAACGGCUAUCACGAAGACAUCCUGGAGGCGUUACGUAAUGCGGCCUCACAUCGUGGCACCGCCACCGGCAAUACGCCAGUCGGUAGCGGCAGCCUCAGCGAAGAAAUGCUACGCAAAACGCUGCAAGAUUGCCAAAGUGCACAACUUGGCUAUAGCGUGGAACCGUAUAAGCGCUCUAGCGGUUCCAAGUCAAGUUCACGCGAAAAUAUCUGCGAUCCAGCGCAAGCGCACAUGCUCAUCGAAAGUGCGGGCAUUGGUGGGCAUGCCGGUGCCGUAUUGCAUCAUCAUCGAUCACAGCAUCAGUUGCAUCAGCCGCCACCAACUCUACAACAGCAACAACCGCCGCUGGACGAUGAUGAUGCACCCUCAACUGGGCCAUUACGUAUACGCAAUUUAGAAGAUCUGAUACGACAAUUGGAGCAUCAUUCGUCGCGUCACAUGAGUCCUAGCGGUUCCGAGGACAUUCGAAUGUCCGAAACGGAAGCCGAUCGCCAUUAUAGAUUAGAUAGUUCCGCCGCUUGUAGUGAAUCCUCGCAAGGCAGUCGUUUGCGCCCGCGCUCCGACGAGGAGUCGCGCUUCGCCUACGGAAGGUACAGACAUCCACAAGCAGCUAGUAGACAUCCAUCGCAUCAAUCGCACUCACCUCAUGCUUUUGGCCACCAUACGCAUCAUUCGCACGCCCACGGUCAUGCCACGCACGGUCCACACUCAUCACAUCACUCGUCGCAUACACACUUGCACCAGGACGACGAGGGUAUUUACGAGAGUGCCGACCACCACGAACGUUCGGUGGUAGAGGCACGUCUCGAUCCGCGCGAAACACCCGACAGUGAGAGUGAUGACUUUAUUCAAGCUCAACAACAGUUAGCCCGGUGGGCGAGUGAGGAUGUGGUAUCCGUCGUGGUAUUGGAUCAACCGCAAUCCGGCACAAUGUCGGAUUCCCAACAAUCCAGCGGCGUCGGGCCAAUGUCAACGGCUACAACGAGUACUGUUAUACAUCAUCAAUACCCGCACCAGCACCACGGCGAUCAUCCAUCCUCGGCACCGGCUUCAGCAGCAGCGGCGGCGGCGGCCGCAGCAGCAUCGGCAGCCAACAGCAACUCUAUAAUGGGUUUGGGGGUCGUGCCAAAUGGUAUAAAUGUAAAUCAGAGGGACUAUUACCCCUCGCCACCCUCAACGGAGACGGAAAGCAGUGGAAGUGUUAUCCAACCGCUCAGCCGUCGUUUGCCUAUUCCAGCCGAUACAGGCCAACAGCAAGCGCAAUUGCAGCUGCAUCAACUGCAUCAGCAUCAUCAGCAGCAGCAUCAGCAGCAAAUGCAGCUGCAGCAGCAGCAAGGCGACACCACCAGCAGCAGCAACAACAGUCAAUCAGGACAAAUAAUGGAGAAUGGUCGAUAUCCGGAAUAUAAACACUGAUGAAAAUAUCAAUGCCAACAUCAACAACAACAACAACUAGAACAGCAAACACAUACGCAACAAUAACAAUAGUGAAUUCUGUAAAGCACAUAACAGUAGAUAAUAUCUGCAUACCUACAAAAACAAACUAUAAGAAAGAAAUAACUUUUUUAAGAAGCCAAAAAAUAUUUGAAGAAUUUGUUGUUGUGUUGGUUGGAAUUCACAUUCAGCAUAAAGCAAAUGUAAUACAGAUAUACGAGUACACAAAUACAUACAUAUGUGUGUACAAUCCCAAGCCAAGUAAAAAAUCAUUACUUUGGCCUUGGCAGCAAAAUAUGUAUUAGUUACAAUAGCCUGCAAAUAGCCGAAGAUUAGACGAGAACAAGCACGAGAAUGAGCAAACGAGUGAACGAGGGAACGAGCGAAUGCGAUAUCGACCGAAACCGAGCAAUGUGAUUUUAUACAAAGUAGCAUUUUAGGUUAUUUAAUUAAAAAAUAAAUUGAAAACGAAAAAUUAUUGGUAAAACAACAACACUAAAGUUAUGAAAUGAAAAUGAAAAUCAUAAAAAAUUCACAUUAAUAAAUACAUGCAUACAUCUAUAAAGUAGAAGCGAAUGGGAAAAUUCAUCUAAAUUGGCGUAUAAUUUGUGAAGAGUAUCAUUUUUUUUAAGCACCUAAAAUGCGAAUUUCAUAUUCAUAGAAGAAAAGAACAAAAUUUGUAUAUUAGUGCAAGACAAAAUAAAAUCAAUGCGCAAAGUCAUUAAAUCUUUUCCGCACACAAACACGCACACACACAUAUAUAUAUAUACAUGUAUUAAUUCUUGUGUGCAUUUUUUGUUGUUCAAAUCCAUUGUAUAUAUGAACUGAUAUUAAGCAGGCUCCAUUAGCUUCUUUACAUGCCGAAAAGGAUAUGUGCUUAUAUACAUGGAAGCAUACGUACAUACGUACAUACAUACAGGCAUACAUUAUUCAUAUAACCUUAACCCUGCUGCACAUACUCGUACAGGCAUUGCUGUACACGUACGUGUGGAUUUUUAUAUACAUGCAUACACACAUAUAUGCAUACAUGUAUAUGUAUUCACAUACAAUUCGUAAAUAUACAUACAUACACAAGUGUAUGCGGGAAUGCGUGCAUGCAGUUGCCAGAUACCAUUAAGCAGGAUUGAUGUUUCUAACACUCACGUACAUACUCGUACUUACAUAUGUAGAAUUCAUACAUGUUUGCAUACUUAUGUACAUACAUACAUACAUACACACAUAGAUACAUUUAUUGUAGAUAGCGAAUGCAUAUGGAAUUCUGUGAAAUAUAUUAAUAAAUUAACAAAUUGAGAUGCAAAAUAAAAUUCUUAUACGAAAUACACACAUACACACGCAAAUUGAAAGUUAUGCAAACUCAAUUUGGAGUCUCGAUGGCAUGUCUUUAAAACUCAAUUAGCGUAGCAUAUGAAAAUUUGCAUAACUCUUCCUAAAUAAUGUUUGCUAAUUUCUUCACGGAAUUCUAACCGAGCCCUGAAAUAAUUUUUCGCACAGUCACUCUUUGAAUUUUGUUUUGUGCGACAGUACAGUUUGUUUCUCCGAGUUUCAAGUUUCCGGAAACACUCAACAUAUCUUCACUGAAUUGGUAAUUGAGGCUGAGUCAAUGCGGUGUUGACAAGGAAUCGAGUCGAAAAUUUCUUGGAUAUUCUUGUUAGUAAACUGUUUGAGUAAUUUCUCAUAUUUGCUACUCCCGCAAAAAUAAGAAAUAAACAGUUAGCAGUCGCACUUGUUUAAUACUCAGCAAAAGUAUCAUGACAACAACUGUUCUCCUCAAUUUUUUAAAAUCUUCAAAAGACUUUCUGUGGCUGGUUAUAAAUUCGCGUCGCUCAGAUAAGUGUAGAACUGACUAUCAAGAAAACACGAUAUACGAGGGGUGCCUUUUAUAUGUCGGGAUUAGAGAACAAAUACAAAUUUUAAUCAUCGAAAAUCACUUUAUUGUUUUUCAAAAUAUGCUCCAUGAAGAUCCAUACACUUUUGCAUGCGUUUGAACCAAUUGUCGAAGCACUUUUGCCACUCUGAAUGAGGUACCUCCAAAACAAGCAUUCUGAAUGGCGCAACCGCUUCUUCAGGUGUCGAAAAACGUUGACCUCUCAGUUUGUUUCUUACGUACGGGAAUAAAAAGAAGUCAUUCGGUGCCAAGUCAGGACUAUAAGGCAAAUGACCCAUUAAUUCGAUGUUUUGGGUGCUCAAAAAUGCAGUUGUUUGAGCCGAUGUGUGAGAGCUCGCAUUGUCUUGGUGAAGAGUGAUCCGUCUUUGGCGAUUGGUUUUCCUAAUUUCUUGGAAGACAACUGGCAAACAAAUGGUUGUGUACCACUCAGAAUUUUCUGUUCUGCGUUGUUCUAGUGGUACGGUUGCGACAUGUCCAGUUUUUCCGAAAAAACAGGCGACCAUUUGCUUGGAAGUGCUUCGUGCGGGAACAACUUUUGUUGGAUUUGGCUCAUCUUGAAACACCCAUACAGUCCACUGCUGUUUACUUUCGGGCUCAUACGCAUAAAUCCAUGAUUUAUCACCUGUCACGAUGUCAUAGACGUGUUUCGAAGCCCCGCGAUCGUAUUUUUUGAGCAUUUCCUUCGACCAAUCGACACGAGCCUUUUUUGAGCGAUUGAAAAAUUCUGCGGAAUCCAACGCGAACAAAUUUUUUUGACAGUCAAAUGUUUAUGCAAUAUUGAAUGUAAGCUGGUCCCACUAAUGCCUAAGAUUGUCUCAAUCUCACGAUAGGUCACAUGACGAUCUUGCAAUAUCAGUUCGCGCACAGCCUCAAUGGUUUUCGGAACAACAACUGAUUUUGGACGACCUUCUCGAAAUUCACUAGCCCUUGAUGGAGCUUCAUCGCCAAAAAAUGAAUUAAGUUCAUCCAUGCAAUGUUGCUGAGUUAAUCCACGUCGAAAGUUGUAAAAAAUAAUCGCACGAAAAUGUUCACGAUUUAAUUCCAUUUUUGUACCGAGAUGAAUCCUUUAAGUUACUGUAAACAACACAAAUGCGCUGGCAUUUCAAAACAUUCUGAGUACGUAAAAGCCAAAAAAUGUCAAACUUUGCGAUACAGAUGUCAGUUGCUAGAUUGCAACACCAAGGUUGCCAAAUCCCGACAUAUAAAAGGCACCCCUCGUAGAUUUACUCAACUGUAUCGCUGGCACGAAGAUUGUGUUGAAAAAUGCAAGCAGUAAGAAUGCAGUAGUAGAUUCAUUAAGCCGUGUGCGUAUUGAUUGUGAUGAAGAACUUUUGAUAUCUACUUUGUUGGUUCGAGUAACUCAGCUUCUAAUUUUUCCAGUUAUUUUGUAUUUAUUCAUAGCUUCGUUUUAUAGCAAAACUCUUUUGUAUAAUAACAAUUAAUGAUACUCAUGUUCAAGUUAUUUGAACCGAAAAGAAAGCUUAGCUACUCCUAAAAGUACCAAAAUAUUCUGGUAUACUUCACGUAAUUUUCACUUGCCUUCAAAAUUCUCAAAUAGCCUAGAAAAAUCCUCAAAAGACUCCUUUGAAUAUGUUUCCCCAUUUCUGACCGAAGAACCCUGACUAUUGCAGCAUCCUGACUAUAUCCAACACCUAUUAAGGAUGCCACCGUCUCAAUAAGAUCUAUAACAAUAUUUUUUUUUCCUUUUAAAUUUCUCUAUGGAUUUACAAUUUUUACAGAGGAGUUAAAAAGCAAAACUAUUACGUGAUAAUGAUUUUAAUUGAGAUUUAAAUUUUAAAUUUAGUACCACAAAUAUCAAGAUCCAAUGAAACAAAGAGCUUAUUCGGUGGCUUAUGCACAGAUUUCAGUCGAUUUAUAUAAAUAAUAAGUCCCCAAAUGAAAAUAGCAUAAUCCAAUAUCGAACGGGCAUAAGUCGAAUAACCGUUGGAAAAAACCAAUUAUUGUGAUAAUCAGGUUGAAACUAAAUAUCAAUUAAUGCUAAUAGGUGAGCCAGAGUAUCCACCUGUUGGACAACAGGACAGAUCCAGGUUCGAUGAAAGAAGAUUACUUCUCUAAUCUCCCUUGACCAUUCCUCCAUUCGCUUAGGGACAAGUAUCAUCAGUAUGCUGUAUGGCAAUGUAAUGAAUUUCCCAUUAGAAAUGUGGAGUAUACUGCAACGAACAUCUCUUGUUCCAUUCUAGCGUGACUAAUUAUGUGUUGGCUCCUACGGCCGGAAGCAAGAAAAUACGCUCAGCUUAAUCCUGGGCUUAUUAAAGUAUACUGAAUAAGUUAUUGUAGAGGACACGCAAGAUCCUAAGGUCGAAGUGCAAACAUUAAUUACGUCUACGCUAAAAUGGGCGCUAUAAAGGCUUAAAUCGAAAAUGAAACUCGAAAAUAAAAAUAAAAAAGCGCAUCAGCUUUCAAUAUUUCUUUGAAUAAUUUCGAAAAAAUAUUUUAUGACUUCAUACAUCCCUAGGCAAAAGUGGCAUUUACUGGCUGUCUUCCUACUUAUUCAGGAAAGUUAUCUAAUUAAGCUCAUAGCGUCCGUUGUGAUAUUCAUUGUUCAGGUGAAGUUAAUGUCGCACCAUUUUCCUAUGAGUAUAUUUAGGGGGCUCAUCAACAAAUCACACAAUCAGUUUUGGGCCAGUGCAGAACCAGUGCAGGACCAGUGGGAGACAGUGUCUAUAUUAGUGGCCAUCUCUGCUGAAUGCCUCUUCGUUACGACAGCUGCAGUCAAAAUCGUUACCCUAUUGUCACGUGUAUGUACUAGGCAGCAAGUAGUGUUAAUUCCGAUUAAAAGACUUAAAAGAGAGCACUCCAAGGAAAAGAGGAAGUUUCGAAUCUUUUCACAUUGAAUCUGAAAAGGAUCUGAUGUGCUACUCCUCGUAUAUGCCAUGCAGUUCAUCUUUUGUUGACUUCUUGAACAAAUUUUCUUGCAUUUUGUCCGCAGAGGUAUUUAUAUUCAAAAUUCAUGUUCUUUUCCUGGCCAGUGUAUCUGCUGCAUAGUUACCUGCUAUAUUUGUGUGACCUCGUCUCCUUACUAUAUUCGUAGAACAUUUUAUGACCAGCAAAUUUGGAACUGGCCGUCGUCAAAUUGCUGUUCUCGCAGCAGUCGUUAGCAACCUCACUACCAGAGUGACAAGUCACUACAUGCAGUUAAAGUUAUUCAACUAAAUCGCAGCUUCUUUCACUGCUGUGAACUCACCUGGACAAACACCGCGGUGAUCAGGCUGUCGAAAACUGAGAUUGAGUUAGAGCUCUGGCUUUAAGUAUCUUUUGUAUCUUACUUUCAAGUUUUAAAUUUUGUUUUGGGCCAUUUAUAUAGCAGAAUAUGGAGCUUGCAUAGAGAUCCAUAACUACAUCUUCUUCAAAUUUCGUUCCUCGAUGGUAUCUGUGUUGAAGCAAAGCAGUAUAUUAGAAAUUGCAAAAUCGAUUAUAUUCUUGGACAAGUUUGAUAAGAAAAGUUCAAUAGAAGUGGACAUAAUUUUGACUUUCAAUCUUGACAGGCGUGUCAAAAUAAAUCGCUUGGCAUGCAGUUGUUGAUUACUCAAAAUCAUUUCGAAGAAAUCAACAUAGUUUAAGGCAAGUCCGAAAACAAUUUCUACGUUUUUUUUAUUGCAAAUGUUUAUUCUUCUUUUAUGGGUAGUCGAAAUAUUACUUGAACUCUAUUAUCAGCAACCUAACGUACGUCGAGGCUUAUCGAAAUAUUUGCAUAAGGAUCCAACUCACACGAAACACUUUCAUUUUUGAACAUGCACUACACAAAAUUUUAUAUGUACGAAUAAAAAAUAAAAAACACAAAAAAUUGUUUUAAUAAAUUGUAGCAUAAUAACUGAGAAAAUUGAAAAUACGAUAACUAAUGAGCCCCAUCCAAACUGUGUGUGCGAACGAAAGAGAAAACCGACAUCAAUGAGCAUAUAUUAAUUAGAUUAGAGUAUAUACAAAAACAACAAAUAAAAAAAUAAAAAAACGAAGUGAGACCAAAAAACAAAAAACAACAAAAAAAAACGAUGACGAAUUAGAUUAAUUUAACACUAUGAUGUAAUGUUAUCUAACAUUAAAAUGUCAAUUUAAAUACACAACAACAAACACAAAAGAAUGAUAUUGUAUAAUACUAAGAAUAAUGAAAGAAAAUAUUGAAUUUGCUAAAAGACGUCGUUAAUAUUGUAUGUAUGUAAUGGAAAAAAAAUAUUAAAAAAUCAAAUAAAAUCAAACUUUUGCAGUCGUUGUUUGUGUGCAAUUGGUGUAUAAAGUUCUGAACAAAAUGAAGUAGCGAGAACUUAGAGUGGACGAAUCGACGUUUCACAAACACACACACUCUUUACUAUUAAUGCUUAGGAAUAAAAAAAUAAACAAAAAAAUUACACCCAAAAAAUCUUAACAUUAACACUUACAUACAUACAUACAAAGCAAAUAAUGCAAUAGCAUGAUAUUCUAAAACAUUUAUCUACACACAUACAAGUGCAUACAUGCAUACGUCUCAUAUGUACAUACAUACAUACAUACAUAUUCAUAUUUAUUUGUAUGUGUUUAGGAAGUAGGAAUAAAUUGUGUUUGCUGCUGAUUGAACUUAGGCUAAAUUUUGGAAUGCCUACCAUAGGUAUAUGUAAAUGUGUAUGAAGCACUUGAAUUAUUCACCAUAGGCAGCAUUUGUUCGAAGAGCAAACCAAGCAUUAACACAAUUUCAUAGUUGAUAUUCGGCAAGUGCAAAACGAGGUUGUACAAAUGAAACACAUAAACUCACUAAAUAAAAAAAGUAAAAAAAUAAAUAAAAAAACAAUAAACAAUAAACAAAUUGAAAUAAUUUUGGAAUUCGCGCUUACUAAGUGCGGAGAUGUCACGAGUGUAUAAGCAGAAAUGGAUUUAACUGAUUUGCAAAUGAGUUUUCAAUAUUAAAAUUCUGUUCAUCACGGCACACACGAGUAUUCGAAAAAGUUCGCAUCAGUUUCUUUCUCGCGAGCGAGCGAGUUUUUUUGCUUAAAUAUAAAAAUUCAAAGCAUCCAAAAAGGAUGUUUCUUUUUUGGCAGCUAGUAGAAUAUUAAAAAAAAAUGUUAUAACAUAAAGAACUUGGGAGUUUUAACGCGUUUACACUAUCGAGAGUUUUAAAAAGGAAACUAAAAUUAAUAUAGAUAUGCAAAUGAAAAGUCCGUCAUGUAAAAUAAGGUGACAACUAGCAGAAUAUUUUAAAAUGUGAAACUAAAAAUUUAAAUGUCUAAUGUUUGACAAACAAUUCGAGCAAAUUCAGAGUUUUAUCAAAUUUGCUUACUUGAGCAUAAUCGAGAAAUCCAACAAUAAGAAACGGUGUUUAGUUUCAUGUUUUCUUCUUGUUUCAUUUGUUCACAAGUAAGUGUCCAGAAAGGCUUCUAUAGGGUCCGCCAUAUAACUUUACGGAAUUAAAAAUGCUAUAAAAAAGCAACUACUCAAUAUUUUGUGUGUUUUGUUUGUUUUUUUUUUUAUUUUGAAGUACAAUCCUUCCGGUUAAUGAUGGAACACAACUUCAUUCAUAUGGCUGCUUCGGCUAGCCAUGUACCAUCCCAUACGAUCGGUCCAAUUUUUCAACACAUUUUCGAUUGUAUGCGGCUGUAUUUCAGCUAUGACAUCGCGUAUGUUGGUCUUCAAUGCAUCAAUUGUUGCUGGUUUGUUGGCGUAAUACUGGUCUUUGACGGCACCCCAAAAAUAAAAAUCCAACGGCGUCAAAUCGCAGCUCCGAGGCGGCCAAACGAUAUCAUAAUUUCGGUUGAUAAUGCGAUCUUCGCGCAAAAGAUUGAUCGUAGCAUUCCCUGUGUGGCAAGUAGCGCCAUCUUUUCAAAGAAAUGUCGCAAUAUUUCCCAGCAUUCUUUGAGCGUAUACACAACUAUUUUCGUUCAGCGGAAGAAUAAAACUAAUUUUCUGUCAAAUCAGAUGACAGCUAAGUGUUACCAUUCUUCAAAUAAUAUCUAGCUCAAAUCCGUAACGAUAGAUGGCGGGCCCUGUAUAACAUUUCUUACUCACUUCCGAGCGGAUUUUUUAUUGCGUAAAUAUGGAAAUUAAUGUUUUUCGACUUAGAAAAAGGUAUUCCAAACUAUAUUCAUAACUAGCAGAAUAUUUAAAACUAAUUUAAAGAUCUAAAGAAAUCGGAAUUUUUAUCGAGUUUACUACCUGGAGCCUCAAAAUUCGCAAGUUGGUAAGGAUAAACUACAUUAAAUAUCUGCUACUGAGCCAAGUCACAAAAUCCACUUACAGGAAACGGGUAUAACUUUUCUAUAUAUCUGUGUAUGGAUUUAAAAAUUUUCGUAUUAUAAUUUUUUACCUGCUAGCGAAUUUUUCUAAGAUCACUAAUUUAUAAUAAUUCUGUUAUAAGAGUAUUGCAAGAGUUGCUGAUUGUUUUA